CCUGGGAUAUCUUAAAUUAUACAUAAGAUCAUGUCUAAAGUAAUAAAGGGACGGGCAUUGAUCAUUGCUAUGACUGAAUUUAAAAGAACGUCAGGUGGUACUGGAGAGGUACUGGAUCCACGUAAGGGAGCGAAGAGUGAUACAAGACGUUUGUUUAAGAUCCUAACCCGUCUUGGAUACAAAGUCAGUCUCCAUCUUGAUAUCAGCGUUACAGAAAUCCGAGAACUGUACAAGAAAGAGAGUGAAAAGCCUCAAGGUGACUGCUUCAUCAGUGUUCUCUCCAGCCACGGCCAAGAAGGGAUAAUUUAUGACUUCCACGGUAACCAGAUACGUCUAUCAGAUAUAUAUAAUAUGCUGUCUCCAAGCAACUGCCCGGCUUUGGCAGGGAUACCAAAACUAUUUUUUAUACAGGCAUGUCGUGGGUCUGAACUUGAUGAAGGAGUGGCACUGGAGACAGACAGUGGUCCAGGUGAUACAGAGGGUCUUUCUCACAUACUGUCUAUUCCUAAUGAUACAGUCGUCAUGUUUGCAACCACUGAAGGGUAUGUCGCUUUUCAAAAUCCAGCAGGAUCUAUCUUUUUACAAACUCUCUGUGACCUAUUGGAGGGAGAGGAGAAAAACCUCACAUUGAACCAGAUCCUCACCCGUCUUGGUGGCCUGGUAGCUUAUGAAUUCCAGAGCAAAGGACAGUAUGCUGGGUAUAAAGAGAUGCCUUGCUUUGUAACUAACCUUACUUAUGAGAUGUAUCCCUUCAGACAGGGAGAGAAACCCAGCUCCCCUAUGAAACGUUCAACCUGCCCUGUGUAUUUAUGA